AUGAAUAAAAAACCGUCGACUAAUCGCAGCAAAGCUCCAUGUAACAACCGCAACGACGACGACGAUGAUGAUGGCGACACAUGUGUUAGUAGAAAAAAUUAUAAUAAACCACCGUCGACAAAUCAAAAUUCAAUAAAUAAUAUUAUUCACGGGGAAAUUGCUUCAUCUAUCGUUGAAUCUCCAAAAAAACGAAAUCCGAAACCUGAAAUUGAAGAUCCACCAUUAACAGUAGACGGAGUUGAAGAAGAUGAUGAGAAAAAAUUUUUAAAAAAUUCUUCGGUGCCAGGCAGCAGAAUUUCUAAUAUCGUCCGAAGAAUUCGAAAUCAAAAGCCAAUCAACUAUAGCCAGUUGGUGAAUGGCGUUGAUGACGUUUGUGAUGAUAGUGCAGAAAGUGUUGCUGUAGUUGUAGCCAAAGAAACUACGACAACCAAAAGAUCAAGAAAAAGAAAUUUGAAAAGUGGCAAACCUCUGAAAUACAUUGAAGAAGAGGAUCAUGGUGGUGAUGACGGAGCCUGCUCGGUCAACAACAGCAUCGACUUCAACUACAUAGAUAACUACAUCAACAACAACAAUGAUGACGUCGACAACAAUGACUCUUACUACAAUAAUAACAACCUCACCAACAUUAUUUCAAUUGAUGCCACGAGCAACAACAACAACAGCAACAAUAAUGAAACAAUUUCAACCAAAAAAACUAGAAGAAAGUCAAGUCAGAAAGUUAAUGUCACUGAUGACAUAACUACUGCUGUUGCUAAUUCUGUUUUUGCUAAGAAAACUAAAAAAGUCUACAAGAAGAAAGUCUUUUAUGAUGUCAUUGACAUGGAAACUUUCAAAAGUAAUAAGGUGAAGCAAGAAGAGGAGGAAAAUGACCGAUCCUUGAUGAAUAUCUCAGAGAGUGGACGACACAGAAGGAAGGCUGCCGUCAGGGCAAGAAUUAAUGUUGUCGAUUUAGCUGGCGGCAGUUAUGACGACGAUGUCGAUAAUGAUGAUAAUGAUAUAUCUUCAAAGAGAAAGAAAUCAAGACUGAAUGACAGCUACUCGGCAGUUGCUACUGAGACUAUUGAUGAUGAUAAGGAAGAUGAUGAGGUCAAUUUCUGCAAUGAUGAUGACGACGACGACGAUGAUUACGUUGGAGGGGUCAACAACAACAACAAUGAUGAUGAUGAGGGGGUUGGUGGUGAUGAUGAGGGGGAAGACGAAGAGGACGAGUAUAAGGAAAAUGGUGAUGAAGACGACGACGACGAUGAAGAUGGUGGAAGGAAGUGGAAAAAGAAUAAAAACGUCAACAAAUUAGGGAAGGACAGAUUCUAUUGGGAGAAAUCCACCAUUGAUUACGUGCAAGAGCAUUUCAGUAGACUCUCAACGCUGAGCGUUAAGCCUGAUUGGAUGCCUAUGAUUACAUCUUAUAGGAAGAUUCCUAACGGCCAAAACAGAGACUACCUACCGAUGGAUCAGAAGGUCCGAUUCACCAUCCUCACGGAGCAGCCGUUCCCAUCGUCAUCAUCGUCGUCACCAUCAUCGUCAUCGUCGUUCAAGAGAUUAAGUCUAUUCAAAUGUUACGCUAAUAAGAACUCCUUCACAAUUAACGUUGGUGGCCCCAUAUGGGCCAUGGAUUGGUGUCCAAAUAGGAACAACAGCAACAACAACAACAAUAAUAAUAAUAAUAACAAUAGAAACAACAACAAUAAUAAUAAAAAGUCUAGUCACAAGCACCACCACCACAAUGGCAAUCACAGCCACCAUCAAGGUGACGAUGACGAUGAAGGUGAUGAUGAUGAUGAUGAGGAGGAGGAGGAGGAGGAAGAAGACGACGAAUACAUCGCCAUAUAUACCCACCAGUAUCCCAAUGAAACUUACACCUCAUCAUUAUCAAACCCGACGGCUUCAUCGGCCUCAUUUUUGUCAUCGUCCUUACAGCAGCCAUCAUCGUCGUCGUCGUCUUCGAAGCCAUGUUUGAUCCAGCUCUGGCAGCUGAAUUUGAAUAAGAGGAGCAUUCCAAGGCACAGGAAACCAGCCGACGAAGUCGACAGUACUGAUAAUGAUAUCAACGACGACGACGAUGAUGAUGAUAAAGAUGAUAGUGCUGAUAAUGAUCGGCAAAACGAUGCUGAUGGUGAUGAUGAUAGAUGUGAUGAUUUUAAUAUCAUUGAAUUGACGCCAGUAGCAGAGUUGAGGCAGACUGGACUGAAUGUUGCUUCGUGUUGCUGUCUCGAUUGGAAUUUGAAUGGAUCCUUUCCCAUACUGGCUGGCGGAUUUGCUGACGGUACAACGAGCCUAUGGAACUUGAACACUAAAUCAAAACUCCUGACAAACAAACACAGCAGUAAUAAUGAUAAUGACAAUAAUAACAAUAAUGAGGACGACGAUGACGAUUCGCCAGUCAUCAUAUUGCCAUUUAAAACGUUCAAAGCUCACACAUCUGUGGUUACCGCGUUAACGUUCAGCCCACCGUUGCCAUCUUCAUCGUCGUCGUCUUCGUCAUCUUCAUCGUCGUCUUCAUCAUCGUCAGUGGAGUUGAUAGUAACGUUCGGCCAGGAUCGGGUGAUGAAGAUAUGGCCUGUCUGGGGGCCCAGCCUACCUCUGAUGACCUUCAAGACGAACAAGGUCACGAAAUCAAUAUGGCCGCCAGUGGACAGAAUCAGGUUUUAUGCCGGCACUGAUGAGGCUUGCGCGUUCAACAGGAGCAGUGCUUCUUGUUACAUAUUCAACGACGGCAAGGACAUCUCGUACUCUGAUUGGACGGAUAUAAUUAGCAGUUGUGAUAAUGCCGGGUGCGUUCAACUCUGCCAGGCUACCUGCCACAAGAUGAAGAGUCUGUUUGGCUGUAGAAAGGUACUCUGUAUGAUGGAGUUGGCCGAUUGUGAAUAUGACGUCAACGUCAGUGUAAACAACAACAACGACAACAGUAACAACAACAGUACCACCAAAAAAAACAACAAAAAGAAAAAUCGAACGAGCCUGGAGAAUCCAAGCAAGCAGCAACAACAGCAACCGCCACAAUCGCAACCACAAUCGCAACAGCCAAUCAAAAACUGCCAGUGUAUAAAUAGAUUUCUCGGGGAAAACCGACCUCAGCUUGCCGGGGAAUUCCCGAUCACGUGCUGCUGUGGCUUGAGAUUCGUUAUCAAAGAUUAUAGCAAGAAGUGGCAGUGGAAGCAGUACGUGAAGGUACCGAAGGAUCUCCCGUUCGAUGACGUCAUUAAGAAUCCAUAUUGUGCGUUCCAUAAGAUAUGCUUCAACCCAAACAAAUCGUCCCAUCCAUCUAUCGCGUUUGGGGGAAUGAAUGGAUUGCUGAGGAUAAGAAAGCUGAAUGAUAUCCUAUUUGACAAUGGGAUAUUUUAAUCGGAUAAAUAAAUAAAUAGAUAUAUUUGGAUACAUUUGAUUGUUAAGAUACGUAGAUGUUGAUUGUUAAGAUACAUAGAUGUUUGGAUAUCUAUAUUUUAUUUGAAAUGUUUCAAUCGAUAGAUACAUUUUGAUUGAUUGAUUGAUUGAUUGAUUGAUUGAUUGAUUGAUUGAUUGAUUGAUUGAUUGAUUGAUUGAUUGAUUGAUUGAUUGAUUGAUUGAUUGAUUGAUUGAUUGAUUGAUUGAUUGAUUGAUUGAUACGUUUGGAUAGAUACAUUUGGAUGAAUAUAUUUAGAUAGAUAUUUUGUUAGAUACAUUUGGAUAGAUGUGUUUUCUAUGGAUAUAUUUGUAUAGAUAUGUUUUGGACAGAUAUAUUUGAUUAUUAACGAAGUUUAUGUAUAUUUUGUUUAAAUAUUUCUAUAUAUUGUAUGAAUUUUACUAAAUAUGUGUGUGUGUGUGUGUAUACAUAUAUAUAUAUGUGUAUAUAUAUGGCUUGAAUUCUACCGAAUUUUUAGCAUUAAUCAAUUUAAAGUUUAUCUUUU